AACUCAAAAGGCGCAUUCUCAAAUGACGGACCGGAAAAUUUAUUUUUAGAUAAAUAAAUCCUGAUACUGUUAACCUACAAUGGCUGCUGUUAAAAGUCUUGAGGAAAAUAUUAAAUCGGUUGAAAAUGAAGAAGAUGAAGAGGAGGUUGAAUGUGUUGAUGAAAUAGACCCCAAGGAUCCUGCCAAGAAGAAGAAAAAGAAAAAAAAGAAGAAGAAGACAGUGAAUAGUGGAGCUUCGCCCACACAUGAUACAGAAGUUAUUGAUAAUACGGAAUCAUUAGCCGUUGAAAAUAACGUAGGCGAUGCCGAGAAGAAAAAAAAGAAAAAAAAUAAGAAUAAAGCUAAAGGUGGUAAAACACAAACAAAUCCACCUACCAUUCCCAUUGCAGAGCUUUAUCCAGAUGGAGUUUUCCCUGAAGGGCAAAUCAUGGAGCAUGGCCCUGCUGAAGGUAUUGAUGAAAGAACUGCAAAAGACCGGUUCUCAAGUGAAGAAAAAAGAGCAUUGGACAGAAUGCAUCAAGAUAUAUAUCAUGAGAUACGCCAUGCUGCAGAAGCUCAUAGACAAACUCGGAAGUAUAUGCGAGAUUGGAUAAAGCCUGGUAUGACAAUGAUUCAAAUAUGUGAAGAAUUAGAAUCAACAGCUAGACGUCUUAUAGGUGAAGAUGGCUUGAAAGCUGGUUUAGCUUUUCCCACUGGAUGUAGCCGUAAUCAUUGUGCUGCACAUUAUACUCCAAAUACUGGUGACAAUACAGUAUUAGAAUAUGAUGAUGUGGUAAAAAUUGAUUUUGGCACUCAUAUUAAUGGGCGUAUAAUUGAUUGUGCAUUUACUCUACACUUCAAUCCACGCUAUGACCCGCUUGUCAAGGGUGUUCAAGAAGCCACUGAAGCUGGCAUAAAAGCAUCUGGUAUUGAUGUCAGGCUUUGCGAUGUUGGUGCUGCAGUACAGGAGGUAAUGGAAUCACAUGAAGUUGAAUUAGAUGGUGAAAUCUAUAAAGUGAAACCAAUAAGAAACCUCAAUGGACAUUCCAUUGGACCUUAUCGUAUUCACGCUGGUAAGACUGUGCCCAUAGUUAAGGGUGGCGAAACAACUCGAAUGGAAGAGAAUGAGUUUUAUGCAAUUGAGACAUUCGGCUCAACAGGCAGAGGUCAAGUCCAUGAUGAUAUGGAUUGUUCACAUUAUAUGAAGAACUUUGAUCAACAAUUUGUGCCUCUAAGAUUGCAAUCGUCUAAACAGCUCUUGAACGUGAUUAAUAAAAAUUUCGGGACACUAGCGUUUUGCAAGCGUUGGUUAGAGCGUGCAGGCGCGUCUAGAUAUGCCAUGGCUCUCAAAGACCUCUGCGACAAAGGUGUGGUGGACGCCUACCCUCCUCUCUGCGACAUCAAGGGCUGCUACACUGCCCAGUUUGAACACACCAUUCUACUCAGACCAACUUGCAAAGAGGUUGUAUCACGUGGAGAUGACUACUAACCAUUUUUACGAUCAAAGUGACAUGAACAGUACAUAAAAAAUUUGUAUUUCUAUGAACUAUGUGAUUGGUGUUAUUAUUAAGGAUCACAGUAUUCUAAAAAGCUUUUUUUAACAAUACAUCUGCCUACGACUUUGCUUGGAACUGAAUCUUUCCAUCAAAUAGCUAUAACUGAAGACUAUUUAAAAAACAGAGCUAUUAAUAACUUAGUAUGGGAUACAGUGCCAAUUUGAAAAAAAAAACAUUUAAAGACUGGCCAGUACAGAGUUGCCACCUGUCCUGUUUUCCAAUUUAAAAUUAUCGGUAUUAUUUAUUCAGAGAAUACAGAUUUAAAACGAAAAAUACUUUAUUUAAUUUAUGUCACGCUUUUUACUGACAUUUCUCUUGUUUUAUAUUUUAUUAACAAGUUUUCAAUUCUUUUAACUUUAAUAAAAAAAUAUGAUUAUUUUAAUCACAUAUUAAGUUUUGCAACUCUAUUACUGCAUCCUGUUUUUAAACUAAAUUGUCCUGGUUUAACCACCAUCAAAUCCAUUUUUUUUUAAUUUGGGGUUGGCAACCCAGUGUCCAUAGACAAAGUAGCUGCUGUUCCAAGAGAGUAAUAAUAAAACAGCUAUGUGGCGUCAGGCCCACCAUACAAAUAUUCACACACGGCUUCGAUAUAAAAACAAGCAAUUUGCAAGCAGAGCUUGUUAGAGUGCCUUUAGUGUUGUUCAAGUACAAGUCUUGGUUUUUAGUAAUGAGCGUUUAAUAAUAAGGUGAUUAGCUGUUUAUCAAUUUAUCAAAACUUGGAAAUUUUCCAUUAAUUUUUAAUAAACCAGUUUAAUUUGUUGCAAUUACUUUUUUUUAUAUAUUUGUGUAGUUUAUAAGAUACUGUUGUACUCUUAAUUGUGCUGGAAUAAAAUUAUGUAUUUUA